UUACUCUUAUAAAAUAAAAAAGAAUUUGUUUCUGGAAAAGCCCCAUUAUCAAAUAUACAAUAACAAAAGUUUACAGCUAAAAAGUUUGAACUGGAUUAAGUUAUAAGUAGAAUGAUUUGUUAAAUAAUCCUCUCUAUAACUGAUAAAGGGUCAUUUUCUUUACUUUUAUAAAUACACUCACCUUUUAGCUACCUUCCUUCCAUUUCCCUCUUCUCCUCCCUCCCCUAAUCUUUCAGACUUGAAGCUGUGUGUAGAGAGGUUUCAUUAAAGACAGCAAACCGCCUUUUUCUUGGCUGUCCUAAAAGUUCCUCCUCCAACCAGCUCUUUUCCUCAACAGGUUAGUAGCAAAUAAAGGGUUCCAGAAUCAAGAAGAAAGGAUGUCAGAUUCACCUCAGAGGAAGAUGGGGAGGGGGAAGAUUGAGAUUAAGAGGAUCGAAAAUACAACCAAUCGUCAAGUCACUUUCUGUAAGAGACGCAAUGGGCUGCUCAAAAAGGCUUAUGAACUUUCUGUUCUAUGUGAUGCUGAGGUUGCUCUCAUCGUUUUCUCCAGCCGUGGCCGCCUUUAUGAGUAUGCUAACAAUAGUGUGAAGGCAACAAUUGAUAGAUACAAGAAGGCCUCCUCAGAUUCCUCCAACACUGGAUCUACUUCUGAAGCUAACACUCAGUUUUAUCAGCAAGAAGCUGCCAAACUUCGAGUCCAGAUUGGUAAUUUGCAGAACUCAAACAGGAACAUGCUGGGUGAGUCCCUAAGUUCUUUGAGUGUAAAAGAUCUGAAAAGCCUGGAGAGUAAAUUAGAGAAAGGAAUUAGCAGAAUUAGGUCCAAAAAGAAUGAGCUCCUCUUUGCUGAAAUUGAGUAUAUGCGGAAAAGGGAAAUUGAUUUGCACAACAACAAUCAGCUGCUUCGAGCCAAGAUAGCCGAGAGUGAAAGAAAUGCCAGCAUGAUAGGGGGAGAUUUCGAGCUGAUGCAAUCUCAUCCGUACGAUCCAAGGGACUUCUUCCAAGUGAACGGCUUACAACAUAAUAAUAAUCAUCAGUAUCCACGCCAAGACAACAUGGCUCUUCAAUUAGUUUAAGUUAAUAAUAAUAUGGUUUGAAGCUGUGUGUGGUUGUUGGUGGAUUAUAAGGAGUGCCUCAUCUGCUGAUUGAAAGGUGCUUAUGGAAGUUGGAGACCAUCUCAAUUCUCAUCUAUGCCUAAACAAAGUCUUAGCUUCUGGACUCAAAAAGACUUCUUAAUAUAUAAAUUUAUAUAUAUAUAUAUAUAUAAUGUUGUUGUCUUGCAUGCAUUAUCCAAACACCAUUAAUAACCUUUCUGUGUGUUAUAUUUAUGUCUUUGUCUGUGACACAAACAACUAACAUACUCUUUCACACUUUGUCUUGUUGCUUUUACUGUCU